AUGCCCGUCGUCGACCCGAAGCCGUACGACGCGUACGUCCCUGUCCCGCCGUCAAUAGUGUUCACCAACGGCCAUUACAUUAGCGACACGUCAAGGCCGAUUCCCGCGAACACCGUAAACUUGGGCGGCGUUCACUUAAAACCGCCCCGGAAAAUACCGAAAGUAUUGUUGAUGAAUUUCUUCACAUGA